AUGGCUCGAGCCGAGAUCUGGAUGUGGGGGUUUAUGUUGGUAUUGGUCAUAGGUCAUUGCCAACUACAAGGUGCUCAUGGGGCUGAGUCUAUACAAGGUCUUGGUGUUAAUUGGGGUUCACUAGCAUCCCACCCUAUGGAUCCUCGCAUUGUGGUUAAUAUGUUGAAGGCCAACAAGAUCAACAAGGUGAAACUUUUUGAUGCAGAUUCUUGGACCGUGAGUGCCUUUUAUGGUUCAGAUAUUGAAGUCAUGGUUGGAAUUCCUAAUGAUCAAUUAAAUAAACUUGCUGAUAGUAGCAGCAAAGCAGAAGAUUGGGUGAAAAAACAUGUCACCAAACAUAUGCAUAGUGGGGGCGCGAACAUUAGAUACGUAGCUGUUGGAAAUGAGCCAUUCUUGAAAAGUUUCAAUGGUACGUAUGUAGAUACCACACUCCCAGCAAUGGAAAAUAUUCAAAAGGCUAUUGAUAAGGCUGGUUAUGGAGACAGAGUGAAGGUGACCACGCCAUUAAAUGCUGAUGUUUACGAGUCUAAUUCGAACAAGCCAUCAGAUGGAGAUUUUCGGAGUGAUAUUCGUAAUAAUAUGAAACAAAUAGUGGAUUUUCUUCAUUCAAGGGAUUCACCAUUUCUUGUCAACAUAUACCCUUUCCUUAGUCUAUAUCAAAAUGAAGGUUUUCCCGAAGAUUUUGCAUUCUUUGAUAGUCAAAGCAGAACAAUUGAAGACAAAAAUGCUCAAUAUAGCAAUGUUCUUGAUGCAAAUUUUGAUACCCUUGUUUGGUCAUUAAAAAAGGCUGGUUACCCUGGCUUGAAAAUUGUGGUUGGUGAAAUUGGAUGGCCAACCGAUGGUGACAAAAAUGCUAAUAUAAAUAAUGCAAAAAGGUUCUACAAAGGGUUCCUCAAGAAAAUGGCAAGCAACAAAGGAACCCCACUUCGCCCAGGAACCAUAGAUGUGUAUCUAUUUUCUCUUUUUGAUGAGAACUUGAAGAGUAUUGAUCCUGGCAACUUCGAGCGUCAUUGGGGAAUUUUUCGUUAUGAUGGAAUACCAAAGUUUCCUAUAGAUUUUUCUGGUCAAGGAGAAGAGAAAUGGCCUGAAGCAGUAAAAGGUGUGGUUUACCAAGAACAUAAAUGGUGUGUCCUUAGCCAGGAUGUUAAGGACUUGAGUCUUGUGCCAGAGGCAGUAAGCUACGCUUGUGCAGGUGCUGAUUGUACAAGCUUAGGAUUUGGUUGUUCUUGUGCAAAUUUAGACGUAGCUGGCAAUGCUUCAUAUGCUUUCAACCAAUACUUCCAAACAAGAGACCAAAGUGUUGAGGCAUGUGAUUUCAAUGGAAUGGCCACUAUUGUAACACAGGAUCCUUCAAAGGGAAGUUGCUUGUUCCCUAUAGAAAUUGAGAGCAGUGGAAGCAGGCUCAGAUUAAAGCAUGCAUUGGGAGGCAUUUUAAUUGGAUUAUCAUUGUUUUUCUUAUAA